CACACAACGUGUCUUCGAAUCGAAGGAUAGAGAGGUGGCGCGUUAAAGGCAGGAGAUGCGCGUGUAGAUCGCUUCCAUCGAACCCGUGGCUCACACAGCUCCCGGAGUUGUCAGACCCGUCAGGAAAACACCAAGCCCAUCAGCUUUAAGCAUGACACCCAACGUGGAGAGGAUUCUCCAAUGCAUCGACCGAGGGGACCAGGAGAGUGUCCAGACGCAGCUGGCCAGCUACAACACUGUGUACGCAGAGUGCUUCUUCUUCAACGUGGAGGUGGAGAGGCGAAAGCAACAAGAACUGGACGAGUUCAGGAAGAACAAAGUGCGAGAUUAUGUCCCAGAGUCCGACUCCGACUUCGACUCAGGCUCUGAUGAGGCAGACCCUGAUCUCCUGCUACGACAGAGGCUGGCGGCGGCCCUGCUGUGCUUCAUCGGCACGCAGCCGCUGCGGCCGGGGGUGCUGUCGGCGUGCCUGCGCACCCUGCGCAUCCUGUCCCGGGACCGGCAGGCCCUGGGGCCCCUGGUCACCGACGGGGCCCUGCUCACGCUGGCCGGCCACGGCGGCAUCUGCUGCGCCCCCCCCGUCCACGAGGAGGAGGAGGGGGAGGAGGAGGGGGAGGAGGAGGAGGAGGAAGAGCAGGCCAUCGUCUAUGCAGUAGAGGACGAUGAGGUGGUCUACCACGACGCCACCCGAGGAGCCCGAGGAUCAGGGGGGCCGCCGGCGGCGCGGGCGGCCUCCUCCUGGCCCCGGGGCAAGAAGGACGCCAGGGAGGACCGGAGCGAGGGCGGGGACCCCCCCGAGGACGGGGAGGUGUGCCGGAAGGAGGCCAUGAAGACCCUGUGCAACGUCAUCUACAACAGCCCCGAGGCGCAGGACAGGGCGAGCGCGCUCAGGCUUCUCCCAGGGCUGUCCCAGAGGCUGAAGCUGGAGAUCCACACCGGGGAGCCCACGAUUGUGCAGUUCUAUGAGCUGAGACUCCUCUUUCUGUUGACGGCCCUGAGGCCUGAGCUCAGGAAACAACUGCAGCAGGAGCAGGGCGUGGCCAUGCUAACGGCGGGCCUGAAGCAGUGUCUGGCCGUCCGGCGGGGUGAAGACCAUGACGAAGAGAUGGGUGAGCCAGGCCGGACGCCCCCACCGGUCCCCAGGGAGGCCUCGGAGCGCGCCGUCGAGAUCCUGAAGACCCUCUUCAACAUCACCUACUCCUCCCGCCGCCAGCAGCCCGACCAGGAGGAUGCUGCUCUCUAUCGUCACCUGGCGGACAUUCUCCGGCAGUGCCUUCUGCUGUCCUACGAGGACGAAGACCAUUCAGAGGAGGUCCAAGGGCACACAGUGAACGUGCUGUCGGCCCUGCCCCUGCAGUGCCUGGACGUCCUGCUGUCGGGGUCCCCGGGCGAGGAGGGGGGGGUCAACAUGGACUGUGUCCAAGCCCUGCUGCUGUUCAAGAAACGCAUCGAGCGGGGCCAGAAGCUGAAGGAGAAGCUCACGCCGGUGCUGAUGCUGACGGAGAGCUGCCGGGGGCACAGGGAGACCAGACACCACCUCCGUCUCCAGAUCCUGCCCCCGCUGCGCGACGUGCCCCUCCGACCCGAGCAGGGGCCCACCCUGAGGGGCCGGUUGGUGCGCCUCAUGACCCACAUGGACACGGAGGUGAAGCACUGCGCCGCAGAGCUGCUGUUCGUCCUCUGCAAGGAGAACGUGAACCGCUUCGUGAAGUACACGGGGUACGGCAACGCGGCCGGGCUGCUGGCGGCGCGGGGGCUCCUGGGGGGGCGGCCGGGGGCGGACCCGGGGGGGCCGCAGUACUCCAGCGACUCGGACUCGGACACGGAGGAGUACCGCGCGGCCAAGAGCCGCAUCAACCCGGUGACGGGCCGCGUGGAGGCGGAGCAGCCCGACCCCAUGCGGGGCAUGACGGAGGCGGAGAAGGAGCGCGAGGCGCGCCACCUCAUCGGCCUCUUCACCAACCGCCUCUCCCGGGAACAGAUCAUCCAGCCAAUGGGAAUGAUGACGGAUGGGAGACUAGCGCCCAUGUGUGGUCAGAUCAGGAGCGGCACCCGUGGAGGAAGAGGAGGAGGAAGAGGAAGGGGAGGACGAAGAGUACAUAGAUCAGUAGCAUUAGAGAGGAAGAGGACUGUUGGGGAAGUUAAAACCUGGUUGCAAACUAUGUCAAAAUAAAUUCCCGGAAAACAGACAGACAGAGACGGACAGCAAGAAAGACAUCAGAAAUAAAUGACAGAAAGAGAGAGAAAUACAGCAGACGUGACGAUUUGAACAAAGGAGACAGAUAUAUAUACAGCCUGACAGACAGACAGACGGACAGACGGACUUGGCAGACUCAUUUUAGUCCUUUUUCAUGUGCUUAUAGACGGCAUGCACCCCCACACACAGACACACUCACAGACACACACACACACACACACACACAGACACACACACACACACACACACACACACAGACACACACACACACACACACACACAUACACACACACACACACACACACACACAAAUAC